AUGCCAGGCCCUGCCAACACUGCCAUCGUCCUGGUGGACCCAUACAACGACUUCCUCCAUCCCGAUGGCGUCCUGACACCGCGUCUAAAGGAUCUCAACGAGAGACAAACCGUCAAGCACCUCCAGGAUCUGGUUCAAGCCGCACGCUUCCAUAAGAUUCCUAUCUUCUACGGCCUUCACCAGACCUGCACGGAGAACAGCUUCUUCGGCUGGAAACACAUGACGCCCAAUAAUGUCAAGCAGCAGAGGCUGCAGUUCUUCAAGGAGGGUUCGUUCGGAGCCGAGAUCUAUGAAGGGUUGCAACCAGAUCCCGCAAAUGGGGAUGUGGUCGUGAGUCGUCAUUGGAAUAGCAGUUCGUUUCAGCAUACCGAUCUGGAUUUCCAGCUUCGACAGCGCGAGAUCACAAAUUUGGUUUUCGCUGGAUUGACAGCAAAUACCUGUCUUGAGGCUACUGCUCGAGAUGCUUUUGAACAUGGAUACAACAUUACUCUCUUGAAGGAUGCUACAGCGAGCUGGUCGAGGGAGCUUGCAAACGCAGCGGUGGACCUUGUGUGGCCUUUGUUUUCGCAAAAGGUAAUAACGGUGAAUGAGUGGAUUGAAAGUCUGUGGUAG